AUGUUCUUCUACGCACCAUCCCAGAUCCGUGCUCUCCCAGCACAGAAAGGCUUCAUAGCAAACGACCCUACCUUCCAGGACCCAGUCAAUGCCACCAAACCCGGAGAGACAGGAAAAUCAUCUCUGCCCAGGAGGAAACGACCAAGUGUGGAAGAUUAG